UAAAGUACACACUCGGGACUUACAACUUACGAGCGAAGCGUAAAAAAAAAAAUAAUAACCGUACUCAUAGCUCGUACUCGCGGUCGCCAGCAAAACACUCGGCAGAUCCCAGGGACACUUGCGAUUUAAAAAAUACCAUGGCGUGAGUAUUGAUGACUAACAACAGUGCAUACAAUAAAAAAUUCAAAAUAAAUAAACAAUGAAAUUAAGUGUAAAUAGUGUACAUCUUUGUAUAGAUUGGGCGUCGCUAUGACGCAAGUACAAGGUGCGCGAAAGUCGCAGUGAUCUGGCUCUCGAUCUCAACUCUCAACAUUAUUAUUAUUAUUAUUAUUGUUAUUAUUAUUAUCAUUACUACACAUAUAUUUAAGUUUAUUUAAAUUGUGUACUCGCUGCACGGCAAUGGAGUCCAUCAGAAAAUGGUUCUACAGACCAAAGAGAGACGACACGAGUUUGCUGGCUCAGUUUUUCUACGCUAAUGAGGCACUUACAGCGGUCGCUUGCGAACUUGACUCAUUUGAUGGUCGUCAGGAGCCAGAGCGUUGCACGACGCUGGUGAACCAGCUGCGGCAUUGUCAGGACAAAGUUUUGACGAUAUGCAAUCAAAUAAUGGACGAGCUGAUACCGGACAGCCGCGCAAACCGAGACUUUCGCGUCAAAUUCCCAGAUGACGUUAUGCAGGAAAAUUUAGCGGGUCAGCUCUGGUUCGGCGCCGAGUGUCUGGCCGCCGGGUCUUCAAUAAUGAACCGCGAAGUUGAAAGUUCAGCGAUGAGACCUUUAGCCAAAGCGCUCACUAAAUCUCUGGAAACGGUACGGAAUCUUUUGCGAGAGCACGCGCUCAAAGGUCACAUGAAUUUGAAGGAACUAUUCCAGGUGCACAAUCCCAUGGAAACGGAAAAAUUAAUAGAGUCGCUGAAAAUAUUCGACAGACUAUUCGCUGAUUUCGAGCUCUGCUACGUUGCGGCAAUGGUACCUGUCAAGUCGACGAAGGAGUACGAGCAGCAGGAAUUAGUUUGUGUUUUAUUUUCCGAAACACUGCAGCGAGCACUCGAACGCGGGUUACUAAAUCAAGCCGACGUUGAUAAUUACGACCCAGCUCUAAUGUUCACUAUUCCGAGACUCGCUAUUGUUUCGGGUCUUCUAGCUCCUCCUGGCGGACCUCUGUGCCUCAAUUCUGCUGAUACAAUCAGCGAAAUGUUUAGACCAUUUAGAAAUCUUUUGUUAAAAAUCCGCGAACUUCUUUGGACGUUAAACAACCGCGAGCUGUAUAUGUUAGAGAAGCUUCUGUGCUCAAAUGAAGAGCCGGCGGUGCCAAUUUCACCGUCGACUCGGAACGCGUGCCAGCAGGAACUCGAGAAAUUCGUCCACAAUUUUUACACCGACUACCCGAACUGUAAAAAUUUCGUCGUGGAUUUUUAUACCGUUACUAAAAAUAAUGGUACUAAUAUGGACGAGGUUGCUAAUGACGUAGUCGAAAUAAUGAGUCAGGAGAGUAAUGUUAAAGUUGAAAGGAAACUACAGCAGGCUGUAUCUGUAUCGGGUAACAGUGAGAAUGACGAUAAUCACCGUACUAUUAUUGCCACAACAGUGGCAACUUAUCCACACAACUACUCGUCAUUGUUAAAUGGAGGAGAAUCAAGUUUGCGAGUGGUAAUUGAUGAUGAUGGCGAUGGUAAUCCCAGUCCCGAUACCCAUUGUCAUAUUAAUCAGCAAGAUCAUCAGCUGGUAAUUAAUACCGUAAAUCGAAGGGAAAUAGAUGCCUCUGUGUCGGCAGUAAAUGAGGAUCAAAGAGCUGAUAGAUUACGUCAAAAUGGCUGCAGACUUACAGCGCAAUUAGUUUGCGCUCAUGGUAAUACCGCAAAUAGCAGCAGCCAACAGUCCGAACAAGGUGACUGUAAUUCGACGGAGUCACAGUCCUUGGUCUACGUGAUAAAUCCUAGAGACUCACAUUACACUGGUAGUAAUGAGUCAUUGGUCGGGGAGAGCGAUCACGUUGGGAAUAAAAGUAAUGAGAAUACGGAAGAUAAUUUUUACAAUAACGUUGAUAUGUCGGAGCAGAUUAUUGGCAGUACGAAUGUUAAUGUUAAUGUUGAUUUACCACAAACUUAUCUCCUAGAUCAAGUUACGCAUGACAGCGUUACGGAUAAUUCUGUUGUUGAUAUUGAAGCCAAGAAACUUAUCUCCGAAGCUAACAAAACUCUUUCCAAUUUAUUGCUGGAGAGAGAUUGUGCUAAUGAAAUAUCUGAGCAAACUGACUCGGGUAUUUGUACGGUAAUAUCUUCGGAAAAUACCAGUUUAUAUGAUAAGAGCCCGGAAGAAAAGAAAACUUUCGCUAAUGAAAUCCAAGUUAAUGAAGAGCUGGAGGAUGAUGAAAAUAUUAAAGAUUUAACUUGUACGUACGUGUGUUCAACUUCGGUGGAACAGAAGGUUUCAAAUGAUGAUGAGUCAUGUACUUGUCCGUUGAGAUGUUCUACGUUCGAUAAUUAUAGUUGUAAUUGUAAUUGUAAUUGUAAUUGUAAUAGUACCAGUACCAGUAAUUGCAAUAGUACUAGUAAUUGUAAUGGUAAUAGUAAUAAUUGUAAUAAUAGUAAUAGCAGUAAUAGCGAUACGUCCAAAAUAACGAGUAGAAUAUCGUCAAAUUUUAAUGGGACGAAUGAAGAAUUUAUUGGUCGAGCUUACGGUAAUGGACAGAUGUCCGUGUGUGAUUCAAAUACAUCAUCAAUACAAAUAAAUUACUCGGAUAAUUGGGAAAAUUUAAAUUUAAAUAUAAAUCCAACUACGACGGCGUCGACAAAAGAAUUCUGGCAGGAUUUAAAAUGUAAAAAUUGCCCGUCGACGUCACACAAUCAUCAGAAUAUCAAUAAAAUAAGCAGCAAUAUUGAGCGAUAUGCGCAACACAAAAUGUCGGUGCGCAAAUCUAAAGACAUUAAACUUAAAAAAAGGCAGCGUAAAUUUGAGCGCAAGAUUAUAAAAAAAAAUCACAAUAGCAUGCAGGAAAAACUUGCGUACAAUGUUUCUGCUGCCUACAAUUUGUCGUUGAGUACCGAGAGCUCGAGAUCUAACUCCGUUGACCGAUGUGUCAAUCCGCGACUCACCAGUUACGGUGGGUCGCUUCACCCCACGCAAAAUAACAUGCGACAGAUGCCAAAUUUUAGUAACCACCACAGUCCUCAGCGGAGUAGUUCGCGGUUGAAUUGUCAGUUCGAGUCGCGCACUGACAUGUCACAGAAAAAUCACAAUCUCGGGCAACGAGGUACCAAUAUAUCGCCCCAGAAUCGUAAGCUGCUGGAUCACCGUAGGUCCAGAGCUGAGCAAAUGACUAAAAUGCGGAAAAAAGACAUUGAUAAACAGCGUAACUGCUGUGAUUAUCCUGCAAGUGUACAAAAUGAUAAUAUAACCCGGGGAACAACGAAUUUCAUCGAUAAUAAUAAGAAAGAUGAGAUGCCGAACGACGGACUCGGUCGUAGGACAGACAAAAGCGGGCUGAUUACGGGCGACCAGUCUGGCUCUCCCGAGGCUGGGGAUGAUGGUGGCGGUGUCAGCGAUAGUCACAGCUGCCAAUUGCAGUGCACUAGAGAAAACAAACCUGUAAAAUCACCAAAAAGUUGCUGUACUGUCGUAGGAAUAACAAAAACUCCACCGUCAAUAAAUUUAUCUCUGAUACCGCGAGCUAACGCCAACGUCGACUCGAGCUCCAGCUGGUCUAGUUACGGAGACUCGAGCUCGGAGACGAGUGAGUUCCAGAGCGACUGCCAGGACGACGAAGAAAUAGCUCUGGCAAUGCAAGCUGCGGAAAUAGCCAACAGGAAUCAGAUUAGAGCUAAAUUUCGUUCUUCCGAGGAUCUGGUUCAUCGUCUGUUUGUCUGCAUUGCCGGUGUCGCUGACCAGCUGCAAACAAAUUUCGCUUCUGAUCUACGUAAUAUUUUAAAGUGUGUCUUCCUUAUGAACAGCACCAGCGGUCCCGGGGAUGCUGAUCAGGAAUCAGUUGUUACAAAAAAUAAUAAUAAUAAUAAUAAUAACAAUAAUAAUAAUAAUAAUAAUAAUAAUAAUAAUAAUAAUAAUAAUAAUAAUAAUAAUAAUAAUAAUGAUAAUAAUAAUAAUAAUAAUUCAAUGUCUGAAUCACAGUCGCCGACUGAUGAUAAUUUACAUUCCACUGAAAUAUUAAAUAAUAGUAAUAGUCUUGAGAGACAAGACUUGAAUCAAGAGGAUGAUGAUGAUCCUGAGGAUGAUUCCAUAGCGAGUAUAACUAAUGACACAAUGUGUCCAAUAACAACGGAACGAGGGGAAGAGUGUGUGGAAAGAGCCCCAGCUUGGAUACCAGACAACGACGCCCCGCGAUGCAUGGCCUGCCAGGCCGGAUUCACUGUCGUAAGACGUAGACAUCACUGCAGAAACUGCGGGAAAGUAUUUUGUGGGCGUUGUAGCAGCAACAAUGUCCCAUUACCUCGUUACGGACACACUAAACCAGUCAGAGUCUGCAACAGGUGUUUUCUCUAUCAAGUCACGCCAUUUACUGUUUCCCAUGUCGCCUCCACUAGCUGAAUAGUUCUUUCAUACAUAUACACAACUGCUCCUUCCACUGUUUAUAACUAAACGCAUAUAUAUAUAUACAUAUAUUUUUUCGUAAAACGACUUUGAAUUAUUAUUAUUUUAUCAACUGUACGCAUCACUCCUCAUUCUUUGUUAUUAUUCUCCAUUGUUUUCGCAAUUAAAUCAUUGUUAAAUACUUUACCUUGCACAGAUGUACAAAGAUAUAUUAUUAAUAUUAUUAUUAUUUUUUUUUAUUACUAAAGACACGCAGAUAUUGUUUACGUGCGCCAAAUAUUUAAAGACAAUAAAUUUUUUAUGUUUUAUUAUUUUAUUGAUACUAAUUUUUUAAAAUAAAUUAUCGGUUAUUUUUUUUUACAAUUAAGGUGGAAGACCUAGUACUCGAUCUUUCCAUAUAUUUGUAUAGAUAUAUUUAGUAAAAUUUAGUAAAUAUAAAUAUACAAAUACAUGAGUGGUCGGGUACUAGUUUUCUGAUUGGGUACUAGUUCCCUGGUCGGAUACUGGGUCUCUUACCUUACACUAGACAUGAGAAAAAAUAUAUGAUUAAAAAAAUAUAUAUAUAUAUAUAAUUGUUCGCAUCUACUAAACUAUGUAUGUAAAUAAAUUUUUUUCUAUUAAUAUAAGAAGACUGUUUAAUUAUUGUAUAUAUUUAUAUGUAGCCGGAUCUCGUUAUAAAACUAAUUCGGGGUGUAAAGAAAAAAAUUAUUAGAAUUGAGGUUCGCUUGCUAUGGUGCUUAACAGGGCUUGCACUCAAGCCUCGCUAUAAGACUAUUGCUGUUUUAAGGGGAUAGCCACUGUGAGGAUCGAAAAAAUAGGUGAUUUUCGGGAAUUUUUUGGACUGUGAUAAUAAAGGAAUUUGGGGAUCGGGUUUCUUUUGUUUUAUAAAGUAUAUAUUGAAGAUAAUUCUCCUAAAUUUUUAUUAAAAAAUAUCAUGUUGUUACCAAGUUAUAAGCAUUUUGGGGAGCACCAAAAAAAUUUCCCCCACCACGGUCUCAUCUCUAACUCAAAAACGGAUUAUCAGAAACAAAAAAACCAAACCGCUUUGUAAUCUGUAUGCAUGUAGUUAUCGUUCCGGGUAGGGGAUUUUGAAAAUUUGGAUUUGAAAAAAAAAUGGUGACAUUAAAAAUUUUUUUCGUUAUUUUUCUCAUUUUUUUGGAUUCAAACAGCCCCAAAAAAUCUUAAAAAUCAAAAUUUUGAAAUCCCCUACAUGCAACUUUAGCUACUGAAUAGACGAAUACGGAAAAAAAAGUUGCGAAUUGGUUCAUAUUUAUGCAAAUUACAGAUGAGACCAGUUCAAGAAAAGUAGUUUCGAGAAAAACGCGUUUAAAGUUUUUAGUCGAUGCAACGGUCAGUUGACGCGCUGUCACAAAAAUGACUAUAACUUGAAAAAUAUUCGGAAUUUUCAUAUAAAACUCUAGAUACAUAUUUUUGAAGAUAUAAACUUUGUUUUAAUAAAAUAAAAAAAAUUUUUUUUUUAAUUUCACAGUGGCUGUCCCCCUUAAGUUUUAUUUAUGUAUUCAAUUCAAUUCUGCUCUAUUAGACAGUGAAUCUAUUUUAUGUAUAAUCAGAAAUAAACAGAAUUUUGUCGUUCUUUUUCCUUAAUUGAUUACGUAAAACCACGAAAUUUUAAGUAUUCUUUGUGAAAAUAAAUUACUUAGUCUACAAUCUAUAAAGUGAGAGACCCAGUACCCGAUCAGGGAACUAGUACCCUAUCACUCAUGUAUUUGUAUAUAUAUAUUUACUAAAUAUAGAUAUAUAAAUACAUGGAGUGAUCGGAUACUAGUUCCCUAAUCGAGUAUUAGGUCUUUUACCUUAUAUUUACUUUAUAUUUACAUAUAUAUAUUUAUGUAUGUACAUUUUAUCUCGAUUUUAUUCGUACUGGUCGUAAGUCUUAUAGCGAAGCUUCGGCACAAAAUUUUCAUUGAGUUUUUUAUUGAGAAUGCGUUCCGAGUUUUAACAAAUUUAGGGAAAGAGUCUUAUAAUGCGUAGUCUUAUAACGAGGUCCGUCUGUACAUAUGUUCAAAUAUUAAAAUAAUAAUAAUAAUAAUUAAUAGCAGACUUUAUUUCAUAUAUUCCAAAUAAUAAACAAUAAAUUAAUUAUUAGAAAGUUAACAUUUUAUUAAUUAUGUGACGCAAGUCUGAAUACUUAUUUAGUUAUAUACGUCAUGCGCUCAACCCAACUUGAAGUGGUUACCAAAUAAAAAAAGUUAAUUACUUUUAAAAUGUGUAUUAUAUUAAAUAAUUAACAGUUGCAAUUUGAAAAUGUUAUUAGUUAUUAAAAAAAUUAAUUAUUAUUUCUGAUGAAUUAAAAUUAGUUGUCGCUGACGCCGCUAUGCACUUUUUAUUGUUAUUAUUAUUAUUAUUAUUAUUGUAAUUAUGUGGGAUAAUUGAAAUUUUAUUAUAAUUUACGAUACAUAGAUAUAGAGUACUGUCAUUAAUUAUAAAUAUCGAAAUUGAUCCUUUUGUGCCUGUUAAUGUUGGCCUAAAUAUAUCCGUGUAUUUAAAAAAAAAUAUUUCAAUUUAUUAUUAUUAAUAAUUAAUUAUAAUUAAUAAUUAAAAUAGAAAGCUCGGUAAUUAAAAGACAUGUAAAAAAAAACUUAUGCAGAAUUUUUUUAUCUAUAAUAUUAAUAUAAAAUAUAAAUAUAUAGAAAUGUAAUGGAAUUAUUUCUCGUGGAUAAAAUUAUUUUUGUAUUAUUUCAUUUAUUUCUGUUGAUAAAUUUAUCUAAACUUGCCUAUAAAAUAAUAAUAUAAAAAAUGUAUAAAUUUAUGAUUAAUAAAAAAAAUAUAAUUGAUGAUUAAGAACGUGAGUGUUACUUUUUUUUAUUAAACUUGGAAUUUCGAGAUGGAUAUUUUGUUUUUAUUGAGUAAUUAAAUAGUAAUUGUUACGAGUCGAGAAUAAAUUACGCAAAGUUUUACCUAUAUAUAUGUAUAUAUAUAUUGUUUUCAUUGCCAUGGAUACAUGGGUGCCUGAAACAAAGUUAUGACUAACAGUUUAUAGAAAUAAUAAACUUUGAAAAUUAACAUCCAGUA